AUGUCGGAUAAAAAAAUCGCCAAAAGAGCUGGACAACUUACUAGCGAUGAAACAGCAAAACAAAUUGCACAAGCUCUUUAUGAUUUAGAGUCUACAGUUGUAGAUUUAAAAAAAGAUUUAAAACCUUUACAAAUCACUGAUGCCAAAGAGUAUGAAUUAGGCGAAGGCAAAAAGGCUAUUGUAGUUUUUGUUCCAGUUCCGCUUUUAAAACAAUUUCAUAAAAUUCAACAAAGGCUCACACGUGAAUUGGAAAAAAAAUUUUCAGAUAGACAUAUUGUAUUUAUUGCGGAUAGAAGGAUUCUACCUAAACCAGGUCAUAAAUCUCGCGUUAAGCAAUUACGCCCUCGAUCACGUACUCUUACCUCAGUACAUGAAAAAUAUUUGGAAGACUUGGUAUAUCCUACAGAAAUUGUAGGGAAGAGAACACGCAUUAAUAAAGAUGGCAGCAAAAUCAUUAAAGUAUUCUUAGAUAGCAAAGAUGCGGCAUCAUUGGAGUAUAAAAUUGACACUUUUAAAGCUGUCUACAAAAAUCUUACUAGCAAAGAUGUCGAAUUCCAGUUUCCUGCUCAUCCACUUGAAUAA